AUGCAUGAUUCCAUCGAUAAAACCACCCAAGAGUUUGUUGAAGAUGUAUCUCAAAAUAGUACAAAUAUCCCCGCCCACGCGACACACACCCCUUUAUGGCAGCUACUAAAGCGAUGGCCAAAAGUGGUCAUAUACUGCCUUGCACUGAGUUCCGCCAUUCUUCUCUAUGGCUAUGAUCUAGUCAUUGUGGGAACAGUAUCCGCCAUGCCGGAAUUUCAACAUACCUUUGGCGAAAAGUUAGGCGCUACAUACAUAAUUCCAUCAAUGUGGCUCUCCCUUUGGAACGCGUCCAGUCCGAUCGGGAUGAUGAUAGGAUCCAUCUUCGGUGGUCAUUUCCAAGACAGGGGUGGUCGUCGGCUUGCCCUCGCGAUCGGCAGCCUUUUGUCCGCGAUUGCGGUCGCAAUCUGUUACGUUGCUGAUCUUCCUGACGACAUGGAUUCCCGUCGUGGAGUCUUCCUGGCAGGCAAGUUGUUUCAGGGAAUUUGUAUUGGGAUUCUUCUCUGCGUUGUCCAGACUUACAUGUCUGAGAUUCUCCCCGUUGCUCUUCGGGGGCCGAUCAUUGCCUUCUUGCCAAUAUUCACAUUACUUGGCCAGCUACUCGGUGCUAUUGUGGUGUACGUAUCCCUCCAAAGAGAAGGAGCACAAAGCUAUCGAAUUUGUUUCGCGUCGCAAUGGCCCUUCUCGGCUGUUCCACUCUGCCUGUCGAUACUGUUGCCAGAGAGUCCGACAUGGCUACUUAGAAGGAACAGACCGGAAAAAGCGCUGGAAGCUCAGAAGAAACUGGAUACUAUUCAUAGCGACUCUGCCGCGACUAUUGAGGAGUUACAUCUGGCCAUUCUAGUAGAAGAGGAAGAAACUGCUUCCUAUGCGUAUAUGGAUUGUUUCCGGGGAACAAACCUUCGAAGAACACUGAUCGUUUGUUUGGCCAGCUCCCUGCCUCAGCUUUUUGGUCUGCAGCUCCUUGCAAAUGCAUCUUACUUCAUGCAAAUCGUUGGAAUGGGCUCGACAAACAGUCUCAUUUUCCUUAUUCUUGGCAUCGGUCUUGGUUUGAUUGCUAACAUUGUGAGUCUGUGGGUGUUGAAUGGUCUGGGUAGACGCUUUCUGUGUAUGUUUACAUUGGCGACUGCUAUGGUACUGUGGUUAGCCAUGGGCAUUGCUGGCUGCUUUGAGGGCAUCGUCACGAUUUGGUACACUGCAGUCACAAUGAUGAUAGUCACGAUGGUUUGUGGACUGGGUAUUUGGCCGGCCUCGCAUGUUGUUGCUGCUGAGACCUCCUCGCUGCAACUUCGAGCCAAAACCCAAGGCAUUGGCUGGUUCACAAGUGGCAUUGCGACCGGUGUGUUUUCAAUCAUUUUGCCUUAUAUCUACAACGCAGACAAAGGAAACCUCAAGGCAAAAACAGGAUUCUUCUUAGCCGCAGUGGCUGCCACCGCGGUUAUCCUGACCUGGCUCUUUAUUCCGGAGAUGAAAGGUCGAUCGCCUAUGGACAUUGAUCGUAUGUUUUCAAUGAAGCUCCAUACACGGGAGUUCAAAGACUGGGAUAGUGAGAUGGUUGCUGAGAAGAUUGUUGGUACCCCGCGGCAAGGGGAGAGUGUCUCUGACUUUGCUUCUGGAUAUGUUGUCGUUGGAUAUGUUGUCGUCCUGCGGCCUAAGGACUGA